AUUGGCAACCACAGACGUAACGUUUGGGCCAGGAGGGCUUCUUUUGGUUAUGUGUUAGUUUAGCUAAGAAGUAGUUAAAAAUACAUUAAAUUAACUGAAAACUACUCUGUAACAGGUGUGUACCGGUUACACAAUGGACUCAAAUUCGUUGUACUAUUCUUUGGAGCUCGUUGCAGGAAGUGGACACAUUUUAAACCUUGAGCAAAGAGCCGCCCUGCAGACUUCCUUAGUGCUCCUGAAGAAGAAGAACAAAUUCCACCGAAUCUUAUUUUGGGGAAAAAUAUUAGGAAUUAAGAGGGAUUAUUUUAUUGCUCAGGGGAGAGGAGAACAUGAGAUGAAAGACAAAAUGAAUCUGUAUAGCUUCAACUGCAUGGACUGGUUCCUGCUUCCCCCUGCCACAGACUCUAUGAUAGAGGAAGUGUCCAAGGUUGCAAAGGGUCGUUUCGUGGGAGAUCCCACAUUUAUGUAUGAACAUCAAGAGAUCCACAUGCAAGGAAAGGGAAAUGAGGCUGCAAAGGAGGAGGAGGUUAAAGCAGUAACUGAGGAAAAGAGGCUGGUAGUGGCUGUUCAUCAGAUCGACGAAGAAGUGUCUGUGGUGCCUCGUGGCGCCUUUGUCAUGAGUCCACGUGGGCUUUUCCAGCUCAACCGCAGCUUUGGUGGUCUUUCUGAGGCAGAAGCAAGGAAGCUUGAUAAUUUUCUCCACUUCAGACAACCAAAGAACAUGAAGAAGAAAUCUGUCUUGGACAUGGACUACCUGGAUACACUUGAUGAUGACAUUCCUAAAGGAUCCUGGAGUCUUCAGUUUGAGUUUGCAGGCAAAGUGUGCGUGCUUCGCAGCCUGCUGUGGCUCGGCCUGACCUUCUAUCACGUGCCAAUGACACCGCAGCAUGGAUACAUCUACAUAGGUCAUGGGACCAAGAAUUUGGACCUUCCCUUCAUGAUAUAAAACUUGUUCGAAGCUACACAAAGACUCAGUUCACAAAACCAAGAUGUGUUAAGAUUUUGUUAUGUCGUGUAAAACAGACUAGAGUGGUACAGUCAGUUUUGUGUCUAUUUAGUUCCCAUUCACAAAAGCUGCACCUACACAGUAAACACGUGUUGAGAGGCAGAAUAAACAGACAUUUUAUUUGCA